AUGCCGCCUCGCAAAUCCGACGCGCGCAAGAGUGACGUCUCGGCCGCCGCCGCCACCGCCGGCGACGCUUCACAAGUCACCGCUGGCGAGGACUCGGUCCUGUCGACGACGACGACGACGCAAGCGGGCGCCGACAGAUCCAUAAGCGAGGGGGCAUCUUCCGGGCCGAAAAAGGGCAAGGAAGCGGCUACGGCGGCGGGCGACAACGACAAGACGACGAUUGAGGACCUGACGCUGCCCAAGUCCAUCAUCACUCGGUUGGCCAAGGGCGUGCUGCCGGCCAACACGCAGAUUCAGGCCAACGCCAUAAUGGCGAUGAGCAAGAGCACGACGGUGUUUAUCAGCUAUCUCGCGGCGCACGCGAACGAAAUAACGCUCAAUGCGAAUAAAAAGACGAUUAUGCCGGCGGACGUGUUCAAAGCGCUAGAGGAGAUUGAGUUUGAUUUUCUCAAGGAGCCCCUCGAGGCGGAAUUUGCGAAGUUCAACGCCAUUCAGACGGACAAGCGCAACACCUACCGUCAAAAAGUCAAGGCGGCCGCCAAGCCGACAGCAGGCGACGACACCGACAUGGGCGGCGGCGGCGCAGACUCCUCCCUGAUCGCCGACACGACGAUAGCUUCCGCGCCCGGUGACGGUGGCGACAACGACGACGCGCCGCCAUCCAAGAAGGCACGCGUGGAGGGGUCUGGUGCCGACGCGGACGAGACAGAAGUGGACGACGGGGAAGAGGAUGCCGCCGCAGAGGACAUGGAUGACGAGGAGGAGGAUGACGAGGAAGAAGCGGAAGAAGAAGAGGAUGAGGAUGAGGAUGAGGAGGGGAGAGCAAGUGGUGACGAGACGCAGGAUGCGCUGGAGGAGAGGGUGGACAGGGACGAGGCGGAUGAGGCUCUGGACGGUGACGAGAGUGAUUGA